CAAACUUGAGUGCAGAGCCUGCUCUCUCUCUCUCUCUCUCUCUCUCACACACACACACACACACAGAGACAGACAGACAGUGAGAGAGAGUUAUGUGGAGGAGCGGGAUGAUCGUGUGUGCGGUGUGUGUGUGUUGGGGGAUGUGUGUGGAGGUGUGUGAGGGUGGAGGUUUGGUGGAUGCGGUCAGUGAGCGGCGCGCGGAGGUGAGUCACCGGAGGGACAGCGCCAACCUGCUGACCGCCACCGGGCUGCUGAGUCUCACCAUCCUCACCGUGUGGAGCUUCAAACACAGGAGACUCAUCUUCCUGCACGAGACCGGACUCGCCAUGAUCUACGGGUUGUUAGUGGGCGUGGUUCUGCGCUAUGGUGUACACACUGAGCAGGACGUCAGUAACGUUACAGGUGUGUGUGUGUUGGAGUCGAGUCCCGUUUCUCUCGUGGUGAAUGUGAGUGGACACUUUUAUGAGUACACACUGCGGGGAGAAGUUAAUGAAGGAGACCACGCCCCCAACACCGAGAUACUCCGCAAGGCCACUUUUGACCCAGAGGUGUUUUUUAACAUCUUACUCCCGCCCAUCAUUUUUCACGCUGGUUACAGUCUCAAACUGAAACACUUCUUCAGAAAUCUGGGCUCUAUCUUGUCCUACGCUUUUUUCGGUACUCUGAUUUCUUCAUUUGUCACUGGCUUGGUGAUGUUUGGUUGUGUGUUGUUGAUGAGUACACUCGGUCAGCUCGAUGGUGAUUUCUUCUUCACUGACUGUCUGUUCUUCGGUGCAAUCGUCUCAGCCACUGACCCCGUGACAGUUCUGGCCAUCUUUAACGAGCUGAAGGUGGAUGUGGAUCUGUACGCUUUGCUGUUUGGAGAGAGUGUGCUGAAUGACGCUGUGGCUAUCGUACUCUCAUCCUCCAUCGUAGCGUAUCAGCCAUCUGGAGAGAACAGUCACUCGUUUGACGGCGGGGCCAUGCUGGCGUCUCUCGGUGUGUUCCUCGGUGUGUUUAGCGGCUCCUUCGUGCUCGGCUCUGCUGCAGGAGUCCUGACGGCUCUGCUGACAAAAUUCACACGGCUGAGGGAUUUCCCAUUGUUAGAGACAGCUCUGUUCUUCCUCAUGUCCUGGAGCACCUUUCUAUUGGCUGAGGCCUGUAGCAUCACUGGUGUGGUUGCUGUGUUGUUCUGUGGUAUCACACAAGCUCACUACACCUACAACAACCUGUCUACAGAGUCCAAAAAACGCACAAAGGAGUUGUUCGAGUUGUUGAACUUCCUGGCUGAGAAUUUUAUUUUCUCCUACAUGGGUGUGACUCUGUUCUCCUUCCAGCAUCAUGUCUUCAACAUCGUCUUUAUCACCGGCGCUUUUUUGGCGAUAUUUCUGGGCAGAGUUGUGAAUAUUUAUCCUCUCUCCUUCCUGCUCAACCUGGGCCGAGCGAACCCCAUCAGCUCCCGCUUCCAGCACAUCAUGAUGUUCGCAGGGCUGCGAGGGGCCAUGACCUUUGCCCUUUCAAUUCGGGACACAAGCACUUAUGCGAGGAAGAUGAUGUUCUCCACCACACUCAUCAUCGUCUUCCUCACGGUGUGGGUGUGUGGGGGCGGGACCACGCCCAUGCUCAGCUUAAUGAACAUCAGAGUUGGUGUUGAGGAAGAUCAGGAGAACUUGGAGGAGGAGUGUGUGAGUGGGCGUGACUCUGCGUGGCCUUUCAGACUGUGGUACAAAUUCGACCACAGUUAUCUGAAGCCUCUACUCACACACACUGAUCACCCGCUCACACACUCCUGCUGCACUCCACUGACACACUGCCUUACCUGCCAUCAGCACUGUCAGCAGGACGGCAACGAUGAUGACUCAGAGCUGAUCCUGAAUAACAGAGACAGCCUACUGUACAGUGAACUUCGCGACCUCAGUGACCUCAGUGACCUCAGUAACUCCUCCAUCUCAUAUAAUCAGGACGCAACUCAGUUAUAUUUACACCACGAUGAUCCUGACGAGCCCUUAACCCCUUUGCUCCCUCCUCCUCCUCUCCCCCCUCUUCCUCCACGGUCCUCGCGCAGUCAGAGCCACUCCGAUACGGACUCUAGCAUUGAUUCGAGUGGGUCAGAUGUCACCGUACACUCAUACACAAGCCCUAAGUAGUGCAUAUACACAUGGAACAGCAAGCUGAAUCACAGAUUACUCCCUAGUGGACAUAUAGGGCACUAGACAAGAUGUGUCCUGUGUAGUACACUAUAUAUCUGAUAAGUGGGCAUUUGGGAUGCAGCUAAAUAUUCACUAUGAUGUAAAAGCUCCUGAACCCUAGGUAGUGCACACUAUGUUCAGUACGGAGACAUCCAAAUGUGACACAAUUCCUUAUUGUUUAUGUAAGUGAUAAGUGCUACAUUUUGAAUUGAACUUUUGUAGAAAUGCAUUAAGUAGGGUGUGAAAAUAGGUGGUAUACUGGAGAGGGUGUGUGUGUGUGAGAGAGAGAAUUAAUAUGAUUUCUUUCACUGCAGUUUUAUAUAAAAUUCCCAACAGAAGUAUGCAGAAAUAUGCAGCAAUGUGUUGUUAUCCACCGUGAUGCCACUUCCUGUAUUCAUAUAACUUGCACUGAAACGUUUCUUUAAUUUAUUUGAAUCUGUUUCAGUUUUAUGUAAAAAUGAGUCUGGAUUAAAACACUAUUUUAUGUAAAA